AUGAGAAAAUCGAAGGUGCUGAGGAUUUGCCUGGCAGCACAGAGACUUGUUGCAGGUUGCAGGCGUCAAGUGCGCUGGUGUCAUCCAGUGAAUCCACCUCGACCUCUGCCAGCACAGAUGCUGCUGUGUCAUUUGUGGAUGAGCGACUACCAGAGUCAGAUGACACUUGGUGGAUUUGGCACAUUGCAGCUGCACUCCAGGUUAUGCACGAUCAGCGACCUGCCAGCGAAGAACACAUCACACCACGAUCAGGAACUUGAGCAACUUGAGCAACCUGAAGCUGGAGCUGACCAUGUGCUUAUCCUUGCCGUGGGGCUGCCACUGCUGCUCGGAUAUCUCCUCAUCACCAUAGGCGCGCCUGGGAUGCAGUUGGACUCCACUGGCGCCGAUGGGGAGGAUGACUGCGGAGUGGCCUCGGGGAAAAGUGCUCGAAGUGACAGUGGAGGAAGGAAUUUUCUAUGCGAAUGGUUGCUGCUACACAUUCGGGGCUGCUGGCCCAAGCCGGCACUUCGCGUGGGAAGAUGGAACAGUCCAACGAUUGGAAAGAAUUGA